UUGGUAAGAGAGAGAAAAAGAAAAGAUAAUCUUGAAAUGCAUUCACCUCUACGAUCAAAUCGCCUAACUUUCCUCUCUCUUGUCUUGUAUUGUUUCAUCAUCAUCAACAACGUCACCACCACCACCACCACCACCACCCUCACAUUCCACGAAGCCUAUUCUCCUCUCUUUAGCAAAUUCAACAUUCAUCCAUCUCCUGACGACAAGACUGUCCGCCUCCUCCUCAAUCGUUUCUCAGGGUCUGGCAUUAUAUCAUCUGAUUAUUACAACUAUGGAUUCUUCAGCGCAAGUAUCAAGAUGCCGUCCCAACAUGCUGCUGGCAUUGUCGUCGCAUUCUACACAUCAAAUGUGGAUACAUUUGAGAAGAACCAUGACGAAUUAGACAUUGAAUUCUUGGGGAACAUUAAAGGGAAACCGUGGAGGUUCCAAACCAACAUGUAUGGAAAUGGGAGCGUGUCCCGUGGCAGGGAGGAGAGAUAUCGAAUGUGGUUCGAUCCCACCACACACUCUCAUCGCUACAGCAUCCUUUGGACCCCCACAAAUAUCAUAUUUUAUGUGGACAAUAUUCCAAUACGAGAGGUAGUCCGGACUGCAGGCAUGAGAGGGGACUAUCCAUCAAAGCCGAUGUCCGUUUACGCGACAAUAUGGGAUGCUUCGUCCUGGGCCACUGAUGGCGGCAAAGAGAAAGUUAACUACAAAUACGAACCCUUCGUCACAGAGUUCAAAGACCUAGUUCUUGAGGGCUGCAUUGUUGAUCCCACCGACCAAAUCUUAUCCUCCAACUGCACUGAUAAUAUCGCGGAAUUGAUGGCCAAGGACUACUCCAAUAUCACUUCGGAGGGCCGGAAAUCCAUGAAGUGGUUCCGAGAAAAAUAUAUGUACUAUUCGUAUUGCUACGAUAAUAUUAGGUAUCCGGUGCCCCCGCCAGAAUGUGUGAUUGUUCCCUCAGAGAGGAACUUGUUCAAGAACAGUGGGAGGCUGAGGAGUAAGAUGAAGUUCCACGGCAGCCACCACCGCCGUGGGAGGGCCAACAGGCGGCGUCGGAACAAGAAUAAAGGUGUUAGUGAUGUGUGACUGUGUGGAGUACUGCAUGUUUGUUGUUUCUUUUAUGGUUAGGUGUAGUAGUAGUUAUAUAUUAUGUUGCAAGAAAUCUAUUAGAUGGUAAUUGGUAAGACAAAUGUAGAAUGUGGUGGUUGGAAGAGUGACAAGCUUCUUCACGAUUGGAUUUUACAAGUGUUUUUUUUCAUUUCUCAAGUUCAAUUUUUUACCUUAAUAU